GAGCCCGGAUUCCUCCAGGGACAGAAAUUUAAGGGAUUUUUAUCGGGAAUCAUCCGCAUUCCACAGCUCUGAACGCCGACAGGUUCUCCCCGGAUCCUCCCAGAUGUGCUCGGAAUUCCAGGGCCCAUGUCCGCCGCCUUCGGCCUCCGGCUCCAGCCAGCCCUGCGUGGUUUCCUGCGGCGCUUCCCGCGUCAUCAUCUUCCCUCCUCCCGUGCUCGUGACAUUCCCGGGGCCCAUCAUCAGCACCUGCCCGCAGGAGACCGUGGUGGGAUCCUCGGGAAUGGUGCUGGGAUCCUCUGGAAUGCCCGAGGAAGGAGCGGGAAGCUCCCUGAGGUCCCACGGAGUGGAAAUCCCGCGUCGCGGGGAGUUCAUCCCAAAAUUCACCUCUGGGCCCGUCCUCGGUGUGGACCCACGGGAGACCUUGGUGGGAUCCUUGGGAAUGCUGGAGGGAGGAGCGGGAACUUCCCGAACCUCCCUGAGAUCCCACGGGGCGCAAAUCCCGCGUUCCCGGGGUUUCAUCCCAAAAUUCGGCCCCCGGCGAGCGUCGCGCUGCUCCUACAUUUUUAAUUCCCGCUGGAUCCAUCCCUGCCGGAGGAGCAGCUGUGGGAGCCAGCAGCUGGCCGGGAAUGGGCGCGAGGAGAAAAUUCCAGAUCCGGAAAAGCCAGGAACGGAAAACACGGAUGCAGAAAAGGAGGAAAACGAGGUCUUGGAAGUGUGAGGCGGCUCCGGCCCCAAUCCAAAGGCUCUGGAGGAUCCUCCAAAGCAGAUUUGGGAAUUUAAGUUCAGUUUAAGUUGGGAUCUUUUUAAGGUUGGGGUAUUUUGAGGUUUUUUUCCCCCCUCAGACAUUCCCAAGUGGCGGAAUUAAGCCAUUAAAUUCCAUUUUCUCCAAAUUCGGGGGUAACCUGACCCUUGGAAUCUGAUUUGUGGGAGCAGUUUGUUGUUUUCCCGUGGUUUUCCAGAGAAACUGAGAUUGAGGAACACCCCAAGUGUGGUCAGACCUGACAAAGCCUUUCCCUGCCAGGCCUAAUUAAGCCUGGCUUAGGUUUUAUGGGAAUUACUCAGCAGGAAAUUCCCUUUUCCCUGGGAUAAAUACAAACACAAUCCCAUCACCGCUUCCCGGCUUUCACUUUCACUGCAGGAAAGUCGGGAAAGGGAAUUAACCAAUCUCCUUAUAUUUAAUUUUAAUAAAAAGGA